AUGCAUGGCCAUUUCUCAUCUGAAUUUUACAGUACACCAUCAAUUCCAGGAAAUGCCGUUCGUCGCAGAUGGCAUCUCAAUAUGCUGGAACCUCUGGAAUAUGGCAAGGAUAUACCAGAGGAGGUUGUUUGGGACAUAGUGUCACGAUGGCAUGGAAUGCGUCUUCUCUUUGCUAUCUACCUGGAUAAAGCCAUAAAUGAAGCCUAUGUGAAUUCGACUUUCUCAUAUACGUCCGGUGUGAAUAGACCGGAUACAACGGAGGCGUCGGCUAGUGAAGGGGAUAUGCCGAAGCCGUCUCAAAUUCCUGGUUCAUGCGCGAAUGGAACGAUUCCAGAAGACAGAAAAGGCGGCUAUGAACGAUUCUACAAGGCUUUGACAGCGCAAUGGGUGGCCAUUGAAAAGCUCUGGAGGGUCAGAAGUCAGGUCUGGCCGAAUGCCCAAAAAUUUGACGACGCAUUCGACUCUACCUUGAGACAGUGGACAAAUAACCCGGCCAGGCCUAUUAGAGAGAAACUAGAUAUCGUUGAGAUAGUCGACUUCAUAUGGGGGUUUGCUGGACGAAAGGCUUUUCAUGUCUCUGAUGUCCCUUCUUGGCUGGAAGGUGAAGACGAUCUGGUCAGAGACCAAUAUAUCGACCAGAACGAAAGCGAAGUUGGGGAUUGGGGCUUCUUUGUACGAAGCGUUAUUCAAUUCCUGAGGCCUCCGCAAAUUAUCCAAUUGGUUCUUUCCUCUUGGUACCCAUCGAGUUGGAACUACGAUCGACCAGGAUUUCUUCGACAUCUGGGGCUUUUUGACACCUGGGACGGUGUACUCGUGGAUGAUCAAGACUCUCCAAUGUCCGACAACUGGGUUCCCUUGGACAUAGUGGACGAUGACGUGGGGAAUUCCUUUGCGCACAUGGAUAAUUCUAAGGAGGUUGAGAGGAGAUGGGAGAAGUAUAGGGAAGUGCUGUGGCCGAAGGAGAUAAAGGGAAAAUUGUUUUUGCAAACUACAGCCGAGCGAGAGAUUUUGUGUAAAAUUUCGGAAAGCUCUUGA